UGUUGCUGACUAAUCUAUGGACUCUGAGAUUGCACAACUUCACUGGAAACUGACAAUACAGACUGAGCAGGCAAGGAGACGAAAGAAAGAAAAACAGCAUAAUGCAAAAAUCUGUUUAACAUAAGUUUGACCGGUGGACUUACCUCAGUAUACAGGAAGAGAGGAGUAGCACAAAACAAGAAGUUACAUACAGACUGUGUCUGUCUAGUAGUGUGAACACAUGAGGGCAAGAAUUUGCUUACCAACUUGGGGUUGAGUGAAGAUUGAAACCAUUCAAAAACUGACAAUCACACUGUGUAAGAGAAGAAAAGGUACUGAGCACAGUGGUGUGAAGAUGCUCAGGAGAGAGACUGGAAGCACAUAAACUGAGAAGGAAGUUUGGCCCCUGACAAGACGCAGCAAGGAGGAGGAUAGUGGAUCAUUAUGGGAGUCAAGUGCUGUGCUUUUCUUGCCAUUGUCUUCAUCCUCCUUUUGCUUGGCUCCAUGUGGCUCCAUGGGAAUCUGGCAGACCACUGGAAUACUUGUCCAAAGGCUUAUAGUAUAAAAAACAAGAUUCUGUCUUUCAUUAGAGUUAAUCGUUCAGAUGACGAAGUGGCUCUACUAAGGGUGUGUCCUGGUCAGAGGUUUCAGGUUGCUGAUUUGCUGGCUCAUCUGCAGGCAGCUCCAGUCUCAGCCAAUGAUGUUCUGCUAAAGCCGUACCUGGCAAGCUGGGAUGAGCUCAUCAAGUUUUUGGAAGCCUUGGGGCCAAUGGUGGGUUUAAUUUCACAAGAAAUUGAGUCGAAAACUGCCAUCAUCCGUGACCUGGCCCAAAAAGCGGAGAAAGAGCCAAAGAAGAAAAUGAAAGAAAGAAAAAGAAUGCAGCAGCAAAGCGACCCAGUCUUAAUGAUAUCUCUUAACAGCUCUUCAGACUACUCUGAAAUGAAUCACAGCCCCUCAUUUGGUUACACUUCUGUUCGGUCUAUGAUUAAAUGGGAGCUGGAGAACGGUUUGGUGGACUUCCACAAGCAUACAAACUCGGGCUGCAGGACUCUUUUGCGCUUGCAUCGUGCUCUGCUCUGGCUACAAAAUUUCUUGUUGGAACUGGGGAAGGACACAACUGAAGGAGAGCAUCUACGAAGCCCUUCUGACCUAUGCAAAGAGACUUACCAGCGCACACUGGCCCACCAUCACACCUGGUGGGUAAGGAAAGCAGCAGAGCUGGCCUUUCUUGCUAUGCCUGAACGACCUUAUUUCUACCAGUUGGUGUGUGUGGAAACACAGGCAGAAGCUGCUGUAGUGCUGAACAGGAUAGUGAGAUCAAUAGAAGAAGUGUACAAGAGAAAUGAAGUCGCUCUACAGGAACACAGUAUGCUGGACCUACCCUGAGCGUAAAAGGAAAUAGAGGGAAAAUCAUGGGAGUAGGACCAAUUUAGAGAAUAGGGCACUAAAUUAUAAGCCUGGAGCUUUGAACCCUUAAGAGAUAAAUACUUAUCCAGGCUGAUUUAUUUGGUCUUAUAUAAUCAAAGAAAUAUCCAUUUUCUUAAAGAUUUAGUGACCAGUUCUUUUAAAUUAUUUGACCAAAUUCAUGACAACUGGAAUGGGCCAUUUUUAUUCAUUAUCUGUAAGUAAAAACAGUUGCCACGUAAGAAAAAUGAAACAAAUAUUUAACUAUUAAAAUAUUAAAUUCACAAUUUCACUUUUACAGCUUUGUUGUUAAACAACUAAAUAUACAGUAUACUGUUGGUGCUAAUGAAUGACCACUGUCCAAUACUUGAGUACCUUUUGCUUAAAGAGAACACAACAAACCAAUAACACACAUUUUUAUAGUAACAAGGCAAAGGAUACAAAUAAUUGACUGGUAAAUAUGCUGUGUUCAAUUCUGUGUUCAGUGUUCAGAGAAACUGGAAAAAAGCUGUGCAUUGUUUCUUGUGAAGUUAUUAGCAGUUUCAGGUUUGCACCAUAAUAGCACUAGUCGAUUGUGAAAGAUGCAGUAAUGCAUGCAUGCUCAGCAAAUGGACAGAUUAGUCCAAAGUCCUGUUUUAACAGAAGACCAUUUUUACAAUCCUUAUGCUUAUCAAAAGCAGUUUUAUAAAGGCGUAACUGAUACCUGAUGAUUGUUUAGGGGAUAUUCUCACAUGCACACCUACGUUUAUUUUGAUAUCAUGAUAUGACAUAAAUAAGAUAGCAAUCCAACUUUUUUUUUUGUAUCUAAAAGUGGCUCUAUAUGUAGAGCACGGACAAGUCUGCUUAAUUAUAUUAAUAACUUAAUACUUUUUUAAUGCUACUGACAUGCACUAAAGAAACAUGUACAUUAUAAAAUUAAUGAGAGAAUACUGUAUGACUAUAAAAAUAUGAAUCAUUUGUAACAACAACAGCAAAAAAACUGAACCAAACUGUCAAGUACCCUUUCAAAAGGUACACUUUAGGUAAUAUGUAAUUUAAGUACUAAUAUGUAUAAUUUAGGAGUGAAUAAGAUACAGAGAUGUACCUUUAAGCUUUCAUAUCUCAGGGUAUUUUCUGUAUUGUAUUAACAUCGUAUGACAUCAUAUGAUUAUGUCUCAUUACCUCACAUCACGUCACAUACUGUAUGUAUAUUAUUCCAGGAAGCCAAAGUUAAUGCAAAUAAAACAAGGUCUUCAAAUCAAAUCCAAUUAAGAGACAACUCUUUGAAAAGUCUUACAGGCUGCUGUCACUAAUGUGCAUGAGCAUAAUUUAAAAGGGCAAAAUUACACGUGAUGGUAAUAACCGGAAAGUGUGUGUAAACAUAUACGUGUCUCUUUGUUUGUGUAUGUUUGAGAGAGACGCUGACAGUUUAAAACUGUAUCCUUGUUCUUUAUCUUCUGCAAUUCUACGUUAUAAUUCUGGAAAUUAUAAUGCAGAUUAUAUUGAUGAAGAGGAGACAGGGCAUUGUUGUUAAUUUUAUUAGGUUUGUUAUUUCAAUACAUUCAUUUAAGCCUAUGAACAUAUACAGAAUAAGGUGUUUAACUUAACUAGUCAAUAUAAUGUCAGGUUGUCAUUGUUCAUCAAAUAUUUGAGCACAGUUUGCACAAGGUCCAGUGUUGUGUUAACAUUCAGCCAUAUUAAAUGAACAGUGGUUUUUGUUCUGUGAUGUUGUUGAGGUGGUGACACACAGCCGACUCCAUCUGUUCAAACACAUCUAAACCACAACAUUUACUGUAUAUACAUAUACAUUAGGUAAAUGACUUUCAUCUAGUUUUCAAAAGUUCUGUUGGUUAAUGUUCACAAUAGACUUAUUUAAAACAGAUAUUGCAUUGUCAAUGCUAGUUUUAUGAAACAUAAAAGUUGCAUACAUUUUGGUAUUUCAUAAACUACAAAGAGGUCCAGAUUAGUGUUUAAGAUUUAUUACAUUCUUGGGCAGAUUAAGUCUUCUGACCUCCUUGUAUUUUAUAAUAAGCACUGCAAAGCUUCAUAUCGAGCCACAUACCCCAGCUGUCACAUGCUUUUAGUCAUAAAUGAUCAACAAAAAUAGAAAUAUAGGUUCUUUGAAAAUAUAGGAUCUAUUUUAUAUUGCAUGUGAUUUUAAAAUCCAUAUUGCCUUUCUCAUCUAUAAACUUAUUUAAAUAUUGCAAUAAAUGUUUACCUUCAUGAUCAGCCAAUCUAAAGAAAAAUACACAUAUAGCAUGUAACUUUUCUUUAUACAUCAAAGGGGCUCAAAAUAUAAAUAUAUUGCUUUUAAGAAGAUUCUUGUAUAAUAAAACAUAUGCUUGUGCACUAUAUAUUGUGUACUUCAGUAGAAACAGUUGGUGGCGUAAGAGAGGCACAGCACAACUGUUACACUAGGGGCCCUGUUUACAAAAACAUUGUCUCAAAGCCAGCAUGCGCCAAAAAUGUCACUUAUUAUUAUUAUUAUUAUUAUUAUUAUUUGUGCAUGGUGUUACAAACUUUUUUUUUCUACUAGUUCAGGGUCAAGUUAAUGAUAUGUGAUCUGGGACCUGAGGUAAAUGAAUACUUAAUUUUGUUGAUUUGAAGCUUUCUCUGCUGAGUAAGAUAACAACCUUACCAUGCACAAACAUAAAAUAUGCAAUAUACAUAUGUCAACACAGAUGCACAUGAAAGUGACAUGACAUACAGCCAAGUAUUGUGACCCAUCCUCAGAAUUUGUGCUCUCUAUUUGACCAACCCAA